AUGAAGAAAGUGAUUGUUUUAUCAAUAGUUGAAACCAAGUUGGGAGACAUUUAGGCAUAUAUUCCUACUAAUGUGAUUUUCAUUACAGAUGGACAAAUAUUAUUAUCUAUUGAUCUAUUCAAUGCUAGAGUCAGACCUGCUAUUAAUGUCAGGAUUUUUGUCUCCAGAGUAAGAUCUGUGGCUCAAAUUAAAGUUAUGAAACAAGUCAUUGGUAAAUUAAAAUUGGAAUUGGCCCAAUUCGUCGAAUUAAAAACUUUUGUGUAAUUUGCUUCUAAUUUCAAUAAAGCUACUCAGAAUCGAUUGGCAAGAGGUCAACGAUUACGUGAGUUGCUUAAACAAUCCCAAUCAGACCCUCUUACCGUGGCAGAACAGAUAAGUACUAUUUAUACCGGAACGAAUGGUUAUCUUGAUUCAUUAGAAAUUGGACAAGUAAGUAAAUUUCUCGUUGAUUUACGUACUUACUUAAAAACGAAUAAACCUCAGUUUCAGGAAAUCAUAUCUUCCACCAAGACAUUCACUGAGGAAGCGGAAACGCUUUUGAAAGACGCUAUUCAGGAACAAAUGGAACGUUUUCGACUUCAAGAACAAUUAUAAAUAUAAAAUUCUAACUUACUUAAAUUU